AGUCGGUGAAAAGUCAAAAUGUCUCAAAACAACGUGAAAGAACCAAAAGUAAGUGGCUUACCAGAAGGAGUAAAAUUAAAUGCGCAACAGCUUCAAUAUAUGAAAUUAAUUGAGGCUCAAAACCUUGAACGAGUGCGGAAAUUAGAGAAAUUGAAGAAAAACAAUCGCAUCGUGUGUAAUGCAUUGAUCGGCACAGCUCUUUCCAUUUACUUCUAUUCCAUGUACAAAGUAAAGCAGGAGACGUUCUUGGAUGACUUUGAAGAGCCGAAAAAAAUAGAAGUUGAACCGCAAUAA